AUGUAAAAAACCUAUAAUAAAGUGCAGAUAGAAGAAUGCAAUUAAGUAGAGAAAGAAACCAAAAGUUCUACAUUAUUGGGAUCUAAAAUUUAUUCGCAACACACUUAUAGAUGGAUCAUUUUAACAUGUUAUCUUGUAGUCGUAUUUAUAAAUGGUAUUUCAUAUCAAACCUUUAUUCCGAAUGCAAAAUAAUUUGUAUAAUUAUACAAUGUAGACGAAUAAAUCAUAACUCUAACUGGUACAAUAUACCUAAUUAUGUAGCCUGUAUUCACUUUUUUCGCAUCUUCAGUUAUUGUUAAGAAGGGUUUUGCAGUAUCAAUGAGUGUAGGUGUAAUCUUAACAAUUAUUGGUUAUGGCAUUAGACUCUUAAUUAAUAAAUACUCUUUUAUUUUUGCCAUUUUAGGUUAACUAUUUUUGGGAAUUUCAAGGCCUUUUAUCUUAAAUGGUUAGACGACAAUGGCAUAAAAUUGGUUUUUCCCUUCAAAUCGUAUGGCAGUCUUGGCUGCAUGCAACGCAUUUCAAACAUUUUCAAUGGUUAUUAGCGUAUUAUGGCCAGCAAAUUGGAUUUUUAAAGACUAUUCUUAUAAUGACUAAAACAAAUAGGAGGGUUUGGAUCUAUCUAUUUAAUUGUAAUAUCAGCAAUUCUUUUUGAGCCUUACUCUUAUACCUGUGGUUUUUCUUAUAAAAAAUAACCCAAAAACUCCACCAUCUGGAUUUGCUAACUCUGAUCAUGAUGUAGGAUUCUACGAUUCAAUAAGAAAGCUUUUAAAAAACAAAAACUUUAUUUUGAUUCUUUGUACUUUUAGUCUAUACUUUGGAACACUCAAAGGAUUUGGUUUAAGUGUACCUUAUCUAAUGUCUCCUUUUGGGUUUGUUGAUACCGACUAUUCGAUAGCUUCUUCGUUGCUAAUUAUAGGAGGAUUUUUAUCAGCUGGAUUUGUGUCUAAAUUGGUGUUAAAAUUUAAGAAAUACAAGGCCAUUGGAAUUGUUUUAUUUAUCAUCUCACUUGUCUUAACAUUACUCACAUACCCGAUACUUAUGAUUGAAUUACUGAUCCCUUUGUGCAUUUAACAAUUUCUCUUAGGAUUCUUUCUAAUUCCUAUGGUGCCAGUCUUAAUAGAGUACAGUUGUGAAUCUAUUUAUCCUUUGAAUGGUAGUUUCUCUGUUGGAGUGAUGGUUUCAGGGGCUACCACAACUGCCAUGUUGAGUAGUAUAUUGCUAACUUAUACAUCAAAAGGGAAGGAUAGUGAUAAGACAAGUGCAUUAGUCACAUAUAUUAUAUUGUGUUGCAUCUAUUUGAUAGGGUUCAUUUUGUUUUUGUUCACGAAGGAAAUAUUGAAUAGAAGCAAAGAAGUUGAAUAAAGAGCUUCAUCAAAAUAAAGUGUAUUUUACUGCUAAUAGCAAUUGAAAACUUCGAUGAUCAACCCAGAUGCAGUAUAGAACGAAUAAAUUGUAGGUGAUUAUCCCACUGAGCAUCCGAUACUGGAUUCUCAUCAGUUCAUCUAGCAUCCUGAAGUUUUAAAUCCUGAUUUUUUAGAACAAAUGUAGAAUGAUGAAUAGACUUGA